AUGAAAAAUAUUCAGAAGAAGUACGGCUUCGACUAUAUCGCCCUUGCUAUUGGGAAGGCGAUGGAGAAGAAAAUGACGACAACGAUGACCGGUGGUAAAAACGAUAAGGCUAAGAAGACUGUUCGCGACUUCGAUGCCCAUAUGUAUCACUUGAAGACGUAUGAGGGAUUAAAGACGAAAUUCGAGACUCCCAGGUGGGUCUACCCAGCCAAGCAGAAUGGAAAUGACAAGGUCAAGAUUGAGUUUGUGAAGACUACAACAGACAAGAAGAUUACCUCUGCUAAGAAGGCACGCCGGCCGGUUAGUUGGUGGGUGGGUGAUCAGCCUUACUCGUUAUGA